CUAUUCCUCCCCCACUGACACCAACGAUGGGCCACUAUUCCUCCUCCCCACUGACACCAAUGAUGGGGCACUAUUCCUCCUCCCCACUGACACCAACGAUGGGGCACUAUUCCUCCUCCCCCACUGACACCAAUGACGGGGCACUAUUCCUCCUCCCCACUGACACCAAUGAUGGGGCACUAUUCCUCCUCCCCACUGACACCAAUGAUGGGGCACUAUUCCUCCUCCCCACUGACACCAAUGAUGGGGCGCGUUGGAAGAGGGGUAGUCUUAUACGGCGAAGAAUAGUGCCCCAUCAUUGGGGUCAGGGGGGGGGGGGG